UCACGGUAUCUAUCAAACUUCCAUCCGUUACUAUAGUUACAUAAACAAAAACCAAUUUUUCUUACUAUGAAUUACUAGAUCUGGAACGAAUCGUUCACUCAAAACUGGAAAUGUCAGACAGACCACGUCCAAGUAAAUACCAGCUUCUCAAUGGUCUUCCAAACGAAGAAGAAUUUAACAAUUUUAUGGUUAAAGUUACCGAAGUGAAUAAAAUAGUUAAAAAGCUCGCUUCGACAGACAAAAAGGUUUCUGAAAUUGGAGAUUUGGAAGCGAAGCAAUAUCUAGGAGAAACCUGUGAAAAAAUUAUUGAAAACAUCGAUGGAGAAACUGAACUUGUGGUUCGUAAUAAUAGGACAGUGAUCAAUAAAAAAGCUUUUGAGGAGAUUAGUAAGGAUCCUAAUACUAUGUCACAAGAGGCAUUUAUGAGAGAAGUUGAGAAAGACGCUGAUAAAAGAUUCCGCGAAAAACUAGUCAGAAAAGAAAAAAUGAGAACUUUUAAAAAGCAAGCCACAUUAGCUUUUAGACGAGAAGAAUAUGAAAAGGCCUUAACAUUGUAUAACAAGGCUAUCGAUCAAAUCAAAGACUGCGUUGUACUAUACAACAAUAGAGCUCUCACCUGCAUAAACUUGAAGUUAUACGACAAAGCCGAAUCAGAUUUAGACUGGGCUCUUCGUAUAAAUGAGGAUUGUGUUAAAUCAUGGUUACUCCUGGCGAAAGCUCAUUAUUUACAAAAUAAAAUAACGGAGUAUAAGAACGAUAUUAAAGAAGCUUUGCAGAGGAAUCCCGACAUGGAAGAUUUUAUACAAGAUUAUAUAAAAAACUUGGAACAAAACGAACCACGAAAGCUGGAUUAGAAAAUAAAACAACAUUUAGAAUGUAUCUGGCUUAAAAAAUUGGAUACAAAUAUUUAUAACACUUAGUGGAUGAACAUUGAAUUUAAAUUUUUAAACUGUACUUCACGUAAAAU